AUGUUGGCAGAAGGCAUCUUAACUAGACUCGUAUAUAAGGAAAGCUGUCAUCAAGAUAAGCCUCGCAAAUCACAUGCAUCCAGAAAGGAUAAAGAGGGAAUCUGGAGACAGAAACUUGUAGACAACCCCAAAAUUAAAGGCUUUGCUGAUGGACAUGAGAAGCAGGAUGAGAUCUCUGCUAAAAGCAGCAAAAUGGAAUACAGGAGCAGCCCUCAAUGGCAAUCUGUGAAAGAGUUACCUGCAAAAGAUCAGAAAAUGCUUGCUGAAGGAACAGUAUCACUAGCUCUACGUAUCCCCAAAAGAGAACAAACUACCAAACAGAUGGAUUUGUAUAGAUCCUGGUCGUGCAACAGCAUUUAUCAAAACUAUCCGGAUUUACACAUUGGAGGGGACCGUGUGGGGGACCACACGUGUGAUUCGGGUUGUGUUUUGGACCACGCGUGUGAUGAACUUCCUGAUGGCCCUGUUCUGCUGUCCAUAGAUAUUCCUCUAGGUCAGUCCCCUCUGUGUGAGCAUCCCGAGAAGCCGGGUAUGAAGUCCCUGUCUGGAGAUGAAGCUGGAGAAAGGAGUAUCAUGCUCUGUGAGGAGCCUCUGUCAAACUCCAUGCUCAACAAGUAUAUGGAGACAAAAGUGGCAGAGCUCUAUAAACAGUUUUUUGAAGAAAACUUGACCAGGUGUGGUUCUGUAAGAAACUUCCUCACUUGCAGUUUGAUGAGGAGUAACUUGAAUCAGCUAAGCUUUCAGAUAUCCCAGGAGCAGAAUAUAGAAACAUCAAAAGCCAGAGAAGUGCUCUUGCACUCGUUAGCUUUGUUUAGUUUGCGCAACACUACCAACAGAAAUAGCUCCGAAUUUAGUACUCCAAGCUUACAAAUCUCAAACCCAGCGUGUGUGAGAGAGCCGCAGGAUGCGGUUUAUAUCGUGACUGAUCUACUUGGCUGA